ACAAACUACCUUACCUAGUGGAGCUCAAAACGAGGAUUUUGCAGGAAUCCAAGUAAACAAAUAAGGUAACUUCUCGUGCCAAACGGCUACAAAGCCCUUCCCAUGCUUCUCUUCUUGUCCACAUGCAUGCCACCUUUUACAUAUCUACAAAGCGCAGAGGCCUAUAAUAAAUAUAUAUAAGCAAAUGACGCCCCGCCUACUCUCCCUCCAAUCCAUCUUAUGAUCCUUCUUACCCUGUCUCUUCCUUCUUAACAAUCUCUCUCCCCCUCCGAAUAUAUAAAUAAAGAGACCAUUCAUGUGCAAGGUUAAGGGCGGCGCUUCCAUGUUCUUCUGUUCAGCUUAGAAUCCUUUUGCCACCUUUGUCCGGCCUCUUCUGUAACAUUUAUUCACAAUUUUGCAUUCAUAUGGUAAAAACAUAAGUUUCUAUUGAACCCUGGAAUUAAUUCAUGGGUUUGGUUUCAGUGCUACUGAUCUCGUUUUGUGUUCUGUCAAUAAGCUUGGUCGGCACUGAUAAUAUUGUUGUUGGGAUACCAACAACUCUUGAUGGACCCUUUAAGCCAGUGACUGUCCCUCUUGAUAAAACUUUUAGAGGACAUGCUGUGGACUUGCCUGAUACAGACCCUCGAGUGCAAAGGGUUGUUCAAGGUUUUGAGCCCGAACAGAUUUCUGUGUCCCUCUCUACUACUCAUGACUCUGUUUGGAUUUCUUGGAUUACAGGGGAUUUUCAAAUUGGGGAUAGCAUAAAACCAUUGAAUCCUAAAACUGUUGCUAGUGUUGUUCGAUACGGAAGGUUAAGAUUUCCACUUAUUCACAAAGCUACUGGUUAUUCCCUUGUUUACAACCAGUUGUAUCCUUUCGUAGGCCUCCAGAACUACACUUCUGGGAUCAUACACCAUGUCCGUCUUACAGGGUUAAAACCCAACACACUUUAUCAUUAUCAAUGUGGAGAUCCUUCAAUACCAGCAAUGAGCAGUACAUAUUACUUUAAGACUAUGCCGGCUUCUGGCCCCAAUAGUUACCCCAGCAGAAUAGCAAUAGUGGGGGACCUAGGUCUUACGUACAAUACAACCUCAACAGUUGAUCACAUGAUUGGAAACAAUCCUGAUCUUAUUUUAGUGGUUGGAGAUGUUUGUUAUGCUAACUUGUACCUUACCAAUGGAACUGGGGCUGAUUGCUACUCCUGCUCUUUUUCUCGAACUCCCAUUCAUGAAACCUAUCAGCCUCGCUGGGAUUACUGGGGAAGAUAUAUGCAGCCUGUGACAUCUAAAAUUCCAAUAAUGGUGGUAGAAGGAAACCAUGAGAUAGAAAAACAAGUUGAAAAUCAGACAUUUGUUGCUUAUAGUUCUCGAUUUGCGUUCCCAUCCAAGGAAAGUGGAUCAUCCUCCGCGUUCUAUUACUCUUUCAACGCUGGUGGGAUACAUUUCAUAAUGCUGGGUGGCUACAUUGCCUACAACAAAUCAGCGCAUCAAUACAAGUGGUUGGAGAAAGAUCUUGCCAAGGUUGACAGAAAAGUGACCCCAUGGUUGGUGGCUACCUGGCACCCUCCUUGGUACAGCACCUACAAAGCGCAUUAUAGAGAAGCAGAAUGUAUGAGGACAGCAAUGGAAGAUUUGCUUUAUCAGUAUGGUGUUGACAUAAUCUUUAAUGGCCAUGUACAUGCCUACGAGAGGUCUAACCGGGUAUACAACUACACUUUGGAUCCUUGUGGUCCUGUUCAUAUCACCGUCGGUGAUGGUGGAAACCGAGAGAAGAUGGCCAUUGCACAUGCUGAUGAACCCGGUAACUGUCCUGAUCCAUCCACUACACCAGAUGAGUACAUGGGCGGUUUCUGUGCAUUCAAUUUUACAUCAGGACCAGCAGCUGGAAAAUUCUGCUGGGACCGGCAGCCAGAUUAUAGCGCAUACAGAGAAAGUAGCUUUGGUCAUGGGAUUUUUGAGGUAUCUCUCUAGGCUCCUUUGACCAUGCUGUGCCCACAGGCGUGACUAAUUGCUUUGUUUUGUUUUAUUUUAUUCGUUGCCUGAUCUAAAAGGGGAUUGAGAACACUUAGAACUUCUAUCGACUAUGGAUUCGACAGCCAUCCUUCGAAUCAGGUAGUGUUGAUGGAGAACAAGCAUACACAAACACAAGCUGACACCUUCUCUAGAAACUUGUCUGAAUAUAUUCCACAUGCAUUACAUAUAAAAUAAUUUAGUUGCAUCAGUAAGUAGAAGAAUUAGUGCUGGGGGCUAUGAGAGGAGCAGAAAUCUAGUCUGAAUAUAUGUAUGUAUGGAGGUAUGUAUCAUGGAAGAUGACUGCUCUGAUUAAAGUUGCUCAAGAAUGCCAAAAUGGUUGUGAUAUUCACUUUCAGGUCAAAAAUGAGACUCAUGCUCUAUGGACAUGGCACCGAAAUCAGGACAUGUACAAUUCUCCUGGAGAUCAGAUUUAUAUAGUAAGGCAGCC